AUGGACGGCAAGAGAGGUGGCUACGGCUACAGACGAGAAAAGUCGCCACGUCACGAUAUCACCGCACCACGACGAGACACAAACAAUCGCAUAUCGAAACCAUCACGCGCAGAGCCAAGUCGUAGUUUCCAAGAGGCACGACCACGACGCAACCAAACAACAGAGGAUGAACAAACACGCAAGUGGGUCUCGGAGGAGGACAAAUUUGUGCUGAAGCAGGCGAAAAAGAAAGCGGAUAUUCGUGUGAGAGAAGGCAGGGCGAAACCGGUCGAUUGGUUGGCAGUCAUACUACGAGUGAUUGAUCCUGAUCGAGAUCUCCUGGACGAUGAUGAAGAGGAGGUACAAGCCGAUGUCGUGGACCCAGAGGGCGUAUUUGAAGGGUUAGAUGAUGCUCAGCUGGCUGAGCUUGAGCAAGACAUCACGUCAUAUAUUACGCUCGAAACAAACAUGAGGAACCAGGAGUAUUGGAAAACGAUGCAGAUCAUAUGCAAUGAUAGACGCCAGAAGCUGAAGCCUAGAGGCCCGGAGGAACGAGCAGUUAGUUCGGUGGCAGCCGACGUUGAUAAGCUGCUUGGGCCGAAGACAUAUGAGCAGCUAGAAGCUCUCGAGAAGCAGAUCCGAUCAAAGCUACGGUCGAACGAAGAUAUCGAUGUGGAUUAUUGGGAACAACUGUUGAAGAGUUUGCUUAUAUGGAAGGCAAAAGCGAAGCUAAAGAAAGUCUACCAGUCAGUGUUGGAUAGUCGCCUCGAAGCCCUACGAAAGCAGCAACAGGAGGAUGCCGAAGGUGUUUGCAACAAGCUGCAGUCUAUUAUUGCUGCAGUAGAACCUGGGGUGCCUGCCGUCGCUGCGAUACCAUACUCUCAAGUUUAUGACCCCGAGCCUUUCCUGAAGCUUGGCACUGAACAUAAAACCGAGAUCCUGGAUGAGUCCGACUUUUUACGCAAGGUAUCUGCGGAGCGGGUUAGGAUUCUCAAGCUGGGAUAUGUGCCAAUGCCGCAGGCUACGGCCGAGAAAGGCAAAAGUCACACGGAAAAGCCCAGCGGUAGCACGACAGUUGGCAUACACCCGCCAGGCACGCAAAGGUUUUCCACGUUGGUCAAUGAAGAUUUCUCUCAGGCUACGAAACACUUAUAUGAAAGAGAGGUUGCCCGAGGAAUCGACGAGAAUGAGGAGAUCUUCACCGCAGAAGAGAGUGUUGCGACGGCAUUGGUGCCUCAAUGGGCGGACAAGUAUCGCCCAAGAAAGCCAAAGUAUUUUAAUCGGGUGCAGAUGGGCUACGAAUGGAACAAGUACAACCAGACCCAUUACGAUCAUGAUAAUCCUCCCCCGAAAGUGGUCCAAGGCUACAAGUUCAAUAUUUUCUAUCCAGAUCUCAUCGACAAAGUGAAGGCGCCAACGUACAAGAUCAUUCGAGAGCAUGGCCGCAAACGAGGAGAAUCAUUUGCCCCCGCAGGCGAGGAGGAUACGUGUUUGAUCCGCUUUAUUGCUGGCCCUCCAUAUGAAGACAUCGCUUUCCGCAUCGUCGACAAAGAAUGGGACUAUUCUGCUAAAAGAGACCGAGGGUUUAAAAGCAGUUUUGACAAGGGCAUUCUCUCACUUCAUUUCCAGUUCAAAAAGAUUUAUUACAGGAAGUAG